AUGCCCGCCUUUCGCACAGGACAGCGAGUCAAUUACAAGCCCGUCGGCGGAAGAGAAUCCCACACCAGCGAGAGUGUGGGUACAAUCCGAGAUGUGAGUACCUCCAAUACGACCAUGACAGGUCGACAGGUUGAGGCUACGCCCCAAGAGCCCCGUUAUGAGAUUGAGAAUGAGCGGACUCAGAAGAGAUCGGCCGUGAAGGAAUCGAAUAUCUUGGGUCCGGCAGAGUAA